UUUUUUUAAGGAAAGGAGGAAAUCAACGAAUUUCACUGCUCGAAAAAGGCAGACAGCCAACAUGCCCUACUCCUUCCCGAGGUCAGGCAAACACAAUUUGAGCGAAAUGAAGUAUGAUUUCAAUACCUUUUAAUCUAUUGUGUGGUAAUGUCUGACCCCAGGAGGGGGUACGGCGAGGUUGGCAGGCUUGAAAAGGCCACUGCUGCAUUGCAUGACUGAAUAACAAAAGAAUCACAUGAGGCGUCUCCUUUCCACCACAAAAGAUGAAGCGGCGUUCAGUUUCCAGCCCUAAACAAGUAGCAGAAACCUCUCUUGCGAUGAUCUCGAAGACCUGUUUUCAUUCAAUACCCACGUGUGUGUCUCUUCGCGAAACGGGGACAACAUGGUGAGAAAAGUUAACAGUGCUUCAACAACUGGAUCUUAGGGAAGUAACAGCAAUCCAUCAGUUGUUGCAUUACUUGUGAGUUAAUCAAAACCCCAAGUUUUAUUUCUUAUUUUACAUAUUAUUUUAUAAUAUACAUGUAUUUAUGGACCAGCAAAAUUUGGUCAUCCGUGCAUAUGAUAUCCGCCCUUUGGGCCUGUGAGUGACCUCCAUAUCUAUAUAAAGUCAGACGCCACCGACAAACGUUCUGCUCGGGUGAUUACAUACGACGUUUCCAUUCACAUGUAAAUCCCGGUAAAUGCCUUAUCCAAUGAAAAGGGGUUGACAUUGGCCAAUACACAAUUUCAUUUUCGCCUCUGAAAAUAGAUCACAUACAUUACCGGUGCAACCGACAGUGAAUGGAACCCUUCCUAAUUUCGACAUGGCGACAACACGAGCUCUGGCAAAUACAUAUGGUGCUUUUCUGAUCCUGUUGGUAGUAAUUUUCACAGCCUUAAACUAUUUCGAUCUAAACAAUGGCGUUGUAAGAGUCAGGUCAAUUGAAGAUCGGGUACCUUACCCGAAUCGCUCUAUUGGCGUUGUAGACGGAACCGAUUUGGCUUUUACAAAGGGUCAUACUCUCACCCUGACCGUCCGCAUGGAAACCAUACCGAAACUUCUGACACGUUUCUACUGUGACCUUUUACGAUCUGCUGUUCUGUUUUGGUCGCCAAAGCUGGGUCGCAUUAGUGUGAUAUUAAAUAAGGAGUCGGAGUCAGAUCAUCUGUUUGCUCUUAGAUUGCGAGGACGAGAACGAGAACUUGGCCUCAAAUUUGACUUCUUCUACGAGCCUCUCCCCAACGACACAACCAUCCUGAAAAAGGGACGUGUCCCUACAGGGUAUACCCGUCAACUGUGGAGUAGUUUCUGGAUGGAUGUGUUCAUCGACGCGUCGAUCGUUGCCUGGGCUGACACGGAUGCCAUAUUUAUAACGCCCGUAACGCCUGAAAACAUCUUCAACGGUCAGAGAUUACGGGUAGUCGCUUUUACCGACUGGAGGAGGCCAAAAACUUGUGGAUGGUACAGGACAACACAAAGUGCACUUGGCAGAAAGAUGGUGGCGGACUUCAUGACGUAUUUCCCCACCUACGUCUGGAGAGAUACUAUAACCAACUGCAGGAAUUUUGUCCUGAAGCAGAUGAAAGUAAAUAGCUUUGCGGAGGCCUUUCGAAAACUGGGAAUCGGCAUUAGUCCUGUUAACAUCAUCAUGAACUACGCCUACUACUUUGAACACGAUCGUUAUGACUGGCAUCUAGACGUCAGUAACAAUUUGAAAGGCUAUAAUGCUAAGUAUGUACCGCGUGGAUUUGAAAUCCAGCCCAAUGAGACUGUGUCGGAGGUACACGUCACCGUACACGACGGCUACUUCAAGCUAUCUCCACACCCUUUGCUGCAAGGAUACUGCAUCGCCAAACGGUACACCGGUCAGCUACCCGUGGGCUGCAAACAGUUUGAAAACACCACCAAUUUUUUCCUGUUCGAGUUCGAGACCAAGCCAUAUGUGGGUCACAUGAAGGCGUGGUGUUCGCCAGGCGCAGGCCGCGAAAGCUGCGCCCAACGUAUAGAGGCCCACUACAACAACACUUUGAAGUAUUACAAUGCCGGGAAUGACCUGAAUUUGAAACGGGUUGGCGAUAUUGAGGAAGCAGCAAGACAGGAGAACAUUUCCUGCCCGAACGUAUUCAACUUCGGCUAAAGUUGGACGGGUGCAAUACUUGGAGAUCACUGUUUUAAGAGCAAACUGCGCCACCAGAACAGUGAAUGUGAAUCGGGGUCGUCAAAAGAUGGGUUUUCAUACAGGGUCAGAGAGAAUGCCAAAAUGUACGACACAUUUGGUUACCUUCCAGCAUGCAUUACGGUAUCACAGAUGUGUCCGUUAACAUGUCAGCAUUACCCGAUUAUUCGGUAUCACUUUAGAAUCGAAGGCGCCAGUAUCACAUCUUCAGUUAUAUCAAAAUGGGAAGUUAAUCGUGCAUUUUCAGUUGAAAAUUGUAUUUCCUCACUUCUAUAUCGGUCUUGCCUUAAUAUGUCUCAUCAUCGUUGGAUAAAACUAUAUCAAUAAAAUGCAUCGCACUUUGUGUGGUCAAUCUUCAGCCUAUAUCUUGCACCAUAAGCACUCGCUGCCCAACACGAACCAUGAACUCUAUCUGGGACAGCAAGCCAGUGCAAUCACUCUCAGUGGCGUCAUCCACAAAGUCGGCCAUAUUGACCAAUUUUAUUUAGGAAAACUGAGAAUAAAAAUAAAAGCCUUAAACAAAAAAAUGAUCAAAGAUUAAUUUCAUUCACGAUGACGAAUACAAAUGACAGCUAUGAACAAAAUCCAUUAAAGAUUAAUUUUAUUUACGAUGAUGAAUAAUUUAAAAUGUGUGAUUUACAUUAUCUAAAUGUUGUAAGCAACAUUAAAACAACUCAAAUUGAGGCAAAUGAA